AGUCUUUUCAGUCUCUCUGGGUGGCGGCAGACAGUCUGUCAGCGCCUAAAGCACGACUUCGAAGAAAACAGUAAAAACACGGAACAUUAACACAAACAUGAAUCUACAUCGCAGCUAAAGGAUCCAAUGGGAAGACAGAGUCUGGCUGUGCGCAUACUGAAAGGCAGUGCUGAGAGUCACCUGAGGAGUUGUACAAUGCAGUGAACCAAAUGGGGCAUUGCAGUACUCGAAUCAUCGUCCUAUUCCUGCUUCAGUUCUUACGGACAUCAGCUAAAGAUGUCUCCAUUGACUGCAUGUGUGUCGGUAGUGACUGUAAUGAGCAGCAGUGCACCGGAGACCAGUGUUACACCUCCGUUAUCAUUAGCAACGAUGUGACAACGUUCAAACGUGGCUGCCUUAUCGGGCCGGAGAGCAAGCGCAUGACCUGCUCCGCAACACCCUCGGCUAGUCAUGUCGUAGAAUGCUGCUCUCAACACAUGUGCAACGCCAAUGUCUCCAAAGAGACCCUUCUUCGACUACUGCUGACAAGUCCAGAAGGAAAGGCGGCUGUGCAUUACCGUGUGGAGAUACUGGUUCUCUUUGUGUUGGGGCCGUUUGUGGUUCUGGGUUUGCUGUCUGUGCUGGCUUUGCUGGUGUGCCGUAGACUCCAUCACGGGCAUCUGGAAAGACUGCAUGAGUUUGACACUGAGCAGGGGGCCAUUGACGGGCUCAUUGCAUCUAAUGUCGGAGACAGCACACUCGCGGAUCUGAUGGAUCACUCCUGCACAUCAGGAAGUGGUUCAGGACUGCCCUUCCUGGUGCAGAGGACGGUUGCACGGCAGAUCAGCCUGGUAGAGUGUGUCGGUAAGGGACGGUAUGGGGAAGUGUGGAGAGGUCAGUGGCAAGGAGAGAAUGUAGCCGUGAAGAUCUUCUCUUCCAGAGAUGAGAAGUCAUGGUUUAGAGAGACAGAAAUAUACAACACUGUUCUACUACGACAUGAAAAUAUAUUAGGAUUCAUGGCUUCUGAUAUGACCUCCCGAAACUCUAGCACUCAGCUGUGGCUCAUCACACACUACCAUGAGAAUGGCUCACUCUACGACUACCUGCAGCGUGUUGCUGUGGAGAUGGCAGAUGGACUGCACAUGGCGGCGUCAGUAGCCAGCGGGCUGGUGCACUUGCACACGGAGAUCUUUGGCACUGAGGGCAAACCGGCCAUCGCUCACAGAGACCUGAAGAGCAAGAACAUCCUGGUGAAGAAAGAUCUGCAGUGCUGCAUUGCUGACCUGGGUCUGGCAGUAACACACACACAGUCUGACAAUCAGCUGGAUGUGGGAAAUAAUCCUAAAGUAGGAACUAAGCGCUACAUGGCACCAGAGGUUCUAGAUGAGACCAUUCAGACAGACUGUUUUGAUGCCUAUAAGAGGGUGGACAUCUGGGCCUUUGGGCUGGUGCUGUGGGAGAUCGCUCGCAGAACCAUCAGUAACGGAAUUGUAGAAGAAUACAAGCCGCCUUUCUACGACCUGGUGCCUAAUGACCCCAGCUUUGACGACAUGAGGAAAGUGGUUUGUGUGGAGCAACAAAGGCCGUUCAUUCCCAACCGCUGGUUUUCAGAUCCUACCCUGUCUGCUCUGGUGAAGCUGAUGAAAGAGUGCUGGUACCAGAACCCCUCGGCUCGACUCACUGCCCUGCGCAUCAAAAAGACUCUGGAUAAAAUCCACAGCUCACUGGAGAAGGGCAAAACCGACUGCUGAGGAGAGAAAGCCGCAGAACUACUGACCGCUCAUUAUACAGACACUGUGUGUAACCAGACUGUUGGAUUCGAGCGCUGGCAUCUGUCCCAACUCUAACAUGCUGUUUAUUCGCUUUGUUUUUCCUGUCCAUUGACCUAAAAACUUUUUAUAGAGAAUUACGGAUCUCUUUUAUGGAUCAUUUUCCCCACUGAACCCAGUGGGACUCCCAUUUCCCCUCCAGAAACAGCGUAAUGGAGAAAAAUACGGACACGGUCUGACAGGCCUUAAAUUGAACUCUCCAUCAUGGAAUUUUUUUAGCGCCAUCACAUUGUCUAUUUAACCAUUGGCGAACUUUUAAGAUUUGUACUUUUCGGAAAAACGAAGAGGACAGAUACACAUGCCGAAAUGCAAUCAAUACCCAUAGUGUGUGUGUGUAUGUGUGCGCAUGAUUCUUAAUACAACCAGAAGAACUUUAUAGCUGUAAUGUCACUUGCUUUUAGAAAUCAGAAGUUUUUGAGCUUUUAAAAGAUUCUUGUAGAUAAAUAGGCAAAAAGUAAGUCACCGUUUCUGAAUUUGCUAUAGUGGACUUGUGUUAUAAAGCUCCUUGGUUACAAAAUGCCACUAUGUACAGUAGAGAACUACAGACUAGUGUCUUUAAUUAGGCCGGUUUAGUGAUCAGAAUACAGUUGUUAAAAAGGUAGUUCACCCAAAAAUGAAAAAUCUGUCAUCAGUCAUGUCAUUCCAAACCUUAA